ACUGUUUCCUUUUUAAGUGAUCGGACUUGUAUGCAAAAAAAAAAAAAAGAAAUUAGGAAAACAAAGCUUCUUCUUUUGUUGGUCCCUUUAGAUAACUUACAAUGGAACUUGUCGAUCAAGUCACUCUACAACUAAAAACAAUUCAUCUUGAAGAUACCGAUAUAUCAGAAUAUAUUGUUGGUAUUGUAGAGGAUGAAAGUUUAGAAGAAGACGAAAAACGUGAAGCCAUCAGUGAAUUCUUGGCUGAAACAACUGAUGAAUCUACUGAUACGAUUAUUGAUACCAUACUCUCUCAAUGGAAAACUAUUCAACACAAUCUCGAAAAGGAAGAAUCAGAUCGUAAAACGCAACAAAUAGAAAAAGCUCAAGCUCUCGAAAAAGAGCGACUCAUGAAAGCUGAAAAGGAACGUGAAGAGUUAGCUCGAUUGGCAGCAGAAACAGCAUCAGCAAAACAACUUUCCAAGGAACAAAAAUUACAACGAGAUCGAUUACGACAACAAUAUGGUGAAAUGGAUGAAGGAUCAAAUGAUGAUGAUUUGAUGGUUAAUCAAAAUGCAGCUUUAAUUCAGGAAAAAGAACGCCUACGGAGGGAAGAAAUGAAGAAACAAAAUGAAAAGGAAAAGGAACGCAACAAGAUGCUAUUGGAUAAACAACGACAACAAAAAUUGGACAAGGAUGCUGAAAACAAGAAGAAGGGACCAAAAAAAGAUCGCAAAAGAAUAUGAUUUAGUAUAGUUGUUAUAAUAUAGAAUUUAAUAUAGACUUAUACAACUUUAUUCAAUAAAAAGCUCUAACAAAAAAUCAAAGGUUU